CCAAAAAAAUUACCGGCAUUCAGAUGUGGUGUAUUACAUUAGUACAUAUGUUUUUUCUUCUAACAAAAGUAAUUGCAGAUUUAGAAUUUACAACAGAGAAAUGGAAAAUGAUUGUACCACCUUCACUUGUGCUUCCUUUCAAAUUUGUCCACCGAGAUGAGGCACUCACAAUUUCUUGUCAAACAAAUGAUCCUACGGCUGAGGUAACUUUAUCCACAAGGCCAUCCAGAGGAGAGCCCUAUGUAAAUGUGUUGACAAAGUUUAAAGAUGGAAUAACUAAGACAAAACAAACAUUCUAUAUCCCUCUGCUUUCUACAUUGCAUGGGGGAUAUUAUCAGUGUGCUGCUAGAACUACAACAGAUCCAGAAAUUGAGUUGGAGCUAGGACAACUUCGUGUUAGUCCAAUUUCUCGUAUCACUGCCCCCAUUAUAAUUCCAUUAGUGGAUGUUUUCAAUAUUGAAAGUGGUGGAAAUGAGAAUGUUACAUGUAAAACAAAAGGGCUUCCUACAAUAAAAGAAUCAACUUUGACUUGGUUUCGUAAUAAUAGUGGUGUUCUUACAAAGGUUGAUGAAUCAAAAGUAAUUCGUGAAGGAUUGUUGGAUAAUGGUGACCAUAUAGAUAUUGAAAAAAUAAUGUUUAAAAAUUUUGGAAAAAGCGAUGUUGGCACAUAUGUCUGUCAGCGAAGACUUGGAACUGCUAAUCCAAGUUACAAGUCUAUUAAAAUAGAGUUGCAACCUGAUGUUGAACCAAGUGUAACCUUACCUGAUAUUUUGUCUAAUACAUCUGUUCCAAUAUAUAUAAAACCUGGAAUUCCUAUUUAUUCUCUUCGCUGUUCUACUGGUGGUUCUCCAAGGCCGAAUAAGUAUUGGCGUAAAGAUAAUGAAACAGUACACACCUGUCCAAAUAUCUAUAAUCCAGAUUGUAUUUACUCCUUAGUUAGUACUUCUCAUGAGACACAUAGUGGUGUAUACGAGUGUGUUGCGAAGAAUAUUUUAAAAACAGUUUCUAGAUCAAUAAGCAUUCAAGUUUUAGAUCCACCCAUAUUGAGCAAACCAACACUCACUAAAGUUGCUAGUUAUAAAGAAGAUUUUGAAUUAUCUUGUACUGUAAAAUCAGGAAAUCCUAUGCCAUUUAUAAAAUGGGAAUUUCAACCUGAAACUUGUGACCCCCAAUCCUCUAAACCAUGCAAACCAUUGGAAUUAGAAUGGAAAACGUUGCCUGAACAAUCACCAGAUGUAAAAACACCUACAAAAUUUAGUUACAUUAUUGCUACAAAAACAAAGUCAAAUUUCUUUUAUCGGUGCAUAGCAGUAAACCAGCAAGGAAAUGACACAUAUACAAUUACAUUAGUAAGGAAGGAAGAGGCACCAUCACAAUUCGGAAUUUUGCCAGCAGGUAAUUAUACUGUUACAGAAGAAGACAAAUUAGAAAUACAAUGUUCCUCUGAUGCUUAUAUUUUUGCAUCUGUUAAAUUGACAAAAAACGGAGUUGAUCUGCCAUCAAACGAAAGUAUAGUGGACAACAUCAGAUAUACAACAUUUCCAGUUGAAUCUGUUGACAUGACAAAUUCUGGAAUAUAUCGAUGCGAAGCCAUACUAAAAAGAGGCGGAAGUCGAACAUUGCAGAACAAUAUUUUUGUGCAAAAAUUGAUGAAACCGAAAAUUGAUGGAUUUGCGGAUAUGAUUGUGUCACAGGACAAUAUCAGUAAUAUGAAUAUCACCUGUAUGGUUACAGGACAUCCUCCUCCAGCUGUUACAAUAAAAUUUAAUGGUGAAGAGAUUACCAAAGAUAUUGAUGACAUUGAUCGAUGUGAUUCAGCUAUCAGUGAGAUAUACAAAUCGAGAAAGAUCAACAAUGUAUUGUACAUCUGUAAAAUCAAUUUCACAGAACACGAGGGAAACUUUGAAUGUAUUGCAUCUAAUAGAGCUGGCAGUGCAAUGAAGAGAAUGAACUUAACCAUAUUAGCUAAACCACAAAUUGUGAACUGGAAAAGGACUCUUACUGCUGUUGCUGAAGUUAAUUGCAAAUCUCGAGCAAAUCCUCCUGCCAUGGUAUCUUGGUUUCGCAUUGAUAAACAUACAAAUACAUCCACUUUUAUAUCUUCACGUAAAAAGGUUGAUAUACUAUAUCUUGGAAAUGAUGUGGAAGAUGGAGGUGAUAUGUAUAUGUGCACAGCUUCAAGUAAACUUGGAAAUGCAACAGAGUACGUGCAAAUACUUGCAGGCGCUGCCAGUAAGGUGAUGGGUACAGCCACAAAGAAUACCAUCAUCGUUGUGAUAGUAAUAGCAACUAUUAUUGUAAUCGUUGCAUUGAUUUUAAUAUUGUGGUAUAGAAGACAUUUAAAACAACAAUAUGCACUUUAUUUGGAACCAAACGAAGAUUGGCAGAUGGAUCCAGACAGGUCAUUGUUUGAGCAAUCUAGCGAUCUACCAUACGAUAUGAUUUGGGAAUUUCCAAGAGAAAAAAUUUCCUUGAUAAAAACGCUUGGUUCUGGUGCAUUUGGACAAGUGUGGUUGGCAGAAGCUGAAGGAAUUCACGGUUUCAAUCCACGAGAUAAAAGUCCUGCAGCAGCUAAAAGAAGAAAAUCUCUCAGUCGAACACGUCGAAGAUACCAUUCUUUAUCGAUAAGAUACAAAAAACAACUCAAUACAGAAGAAGUGACUACAUUAGAAAAAACGAUGGUAGCUGUGAAAACAUUGAAAGAUGAUGCAGCAGAAGGAGAAUACAAAGAUCUUGCAUCAGAGUUAAAGAUUUUAAUUCAUCUGGGCGAACACAAAAAUAUUGUUAAUUUACUCGGCGCUUGCACCACGAACGGAAAGCUAUAUGUAAUUCUAGAAUGUUGUCCUCAUGGCAACUUACUGAACUUUUUGCGUGGUAAGCGUGAAACGUUUCAACCAGUUUGGGCAAAACAUGAAACUGAUAUGAAAGACGAAUUUACAUAUAUUGACUUGGUCAUGAUUGUGAUGCAAGUCGCAAAGGGAAUGGACUUUCUACAGUCGCAAAAGUGUGUACAUCGAGAUCUGGCAGCUCGCAAUAUAUUAGUAGGAGACGAUUACAUCAUGAAAAUAGCAGAUUUUGGUCUUGCUCGUGACAUAUACAAGGAUGAGUUUUAUCUGAAAGAAACAACUGGUUUGUUGCCUGUCAAAUGGAUGGCUCCUGAAUCGCUAUUUGACAAAGUUUACACUGCAAUGAGCGAUGUAUGGUCCUAUGGCAUUCUUUUGUGGGAAGCAUUUACAUUGGGCGGUUCACCCUACCCUGGAUUACCCACGGAAGAUUUGUUCAGCUUUUUAGAAGAAGGUCGACGCAUGGAGUCGCCAGAGAUUUGCCCCAAAACUGUUUAUGGAAUUAUGCUGGAUUGUUGGACAAAAAGUCCUUAUGAUCGACCAAUGUUUUCCCAAAUUUACGAUCGACUUGAAAAUGUGCUAAAACAGAACGUUCCAUCGGAUAGCGAUUAUUUAGAUUUUACUGAUUCAAAAGAGAAUGAUUACUUGAUGCCGGAAGACAAAGUACGCUCAAACGAGUACUUAGAAGCUACUGGACGUUUUUCUCCUAAAGGACAAACAUACGUUCCUCCACCUAGUAAUGGAUUCUAUGACAACGACAAAUCUGUCCUUCCCCCAGCACCAACUGAGGGUUAUGUGCCCAUGACUCCUGCUGAUCACUACCAAACUCCUUCAUCUUUUCGGUACGACGGAUCGGAUGUUAUCGUCUAAUAAAAAGGAAUGCGAAGAGCUAGUCUGCUCUUACUGUUGUUGCUACAACGAAAGACUUCCAUUUCACAUAAGCCUUUCAACUCUUUAUAUGACGUAGAUAAAGUAAGUUGCGACAGUGCGACUACAGCAAUAAGAUUGACAAAUGUAAAGACGAACUUCAUUACAUACCCACACCUGGUAGAAAAUAAAUUUUUUAAAUAUAUAUAUAUAUAUUUGUAUUAUAUAUGUCUUUAUUUUUGAUAUUAUUCGUAUUGUUUUUGCAUACUGUAUAUUUAAUUUUGCUAAUACACUUUUUAUGUAAGUA